AGAGGGAUGCCUGCGUCUUUGCUGGUGGGAUAUGUGGGUGUUGAGAGCUCAGCUGUGCCUGUGAUGGUGGCUGCUGGUGUGGUUCCUGGAUUCACAUAUUGAUGAAAUCUGAGCACAGCCUCUGUUAACAGCUGUUGUCAGUUCAUAGGAAAAUCAAAUGCUGAGGCUGAACUACUUAACCUGAAACUGCUUUUGUUUUCAGGGAAAAUGCUGCAUGAGAUUAAAAGCCUUGUCUUUGAGGAGCCAAAGUAUUGGCUGGAUUUUAUCUCUAUUUGGAGAAACUUUCAUGGGCAUGAGGGGAAAAAAGACUUUGUCUCUCAAGAAAACUGGUUGCCGAAGAGAAAAUCAGAAGAAGAGAGAAAUAUUGCAACUAAAAGGCAAACAGAACAAGUGAGGGAGGCUGUGUCUGAGGAGUGUCAAGUGGAAGACAGAGAGAGGUGUGUGAUACCAGAGAGAAAGAGCUAGCAGGAUACCAGACCUUCAUUAGCAGACCCUUCCAAAAGUAGUGGAGAGAAACCUAUCGUGGCAGACAGUGUAAAAGACCAUGCAAAAUCAAAAUGUGCUGCUUCAGUGGGCUCUGGUUCCCCAGGAGGAAGAGCCAUCAGUGUAGCGCUUGUGAAGCAGUGUGCGUGGCAGGCUGAUCUGCGGGACCCUGAUCUAGAGAUCUUUGUACAUCUUAAUGACAUUCACUCUGUGGUCGGGAUUCCUCUUUUCAGGCUUCCAUUGGCAAACAGUAUUAAAACAGCAGGACUGCAGUCAAUAGUUGUGUGAGGCAUGGCAUCUCUGUCUGAAAUCAGUGCGGGUGCCUUUGUGCUGGAUCCCAUGUGUGGGCUAGGAAAAAUACUGCUGGAAGCUGCCAAAGAGUGGCCCAUAACCUGUUACUGGGGUGCUGGUAUAAGUGAUUCACACUCUCCGCUGGACUUGCUUAAGCAGUUAAUGGGUAUUCAGGCUCCUGAGGUGGAAGGCAGGGACAGGGAGCAGAAUAAACCCCCCAUAAUCCAGGAGGAAGCAGUUUACAACCUGCUGAGCCACCUGGACACUCACAAGUCCAUGGGGUCAGAUGGGAUCCACAUGAGAGUACUGAAGGAGCUGGCAGAGGAGCUCGCUGAGAUGCAAGUGCAGGACAAGAGGAUCAGGCCCAGCCAUCAUAGCUUCAUGAAAGGCAGGUCCUGCCUGAACAACCUAAUCUCCUUCUAUGACCGGGGGACCUACCUAGUGGAUGAGGGAAAGGCUGUGGAUGUUGUCUACCUGGAUUAUAGCAAAGCCUUCGACACUGUCUCCCACAGCAUCCUCCCAGCGAAACUGCUGUCUCACGCUUAG